UCAGAGGAGGAAAAGGAGCAGGCCAAUGAGGAAGAGGAGUUCAAAUCAAAGGAGGAAGUGGAGCAGGCCAACAAGGGAGAGGAGGAGGCCAACAAGGGAGAGGAGAAGGUCCAGGAGGGAGAGCAAGACAACCUCGCACCAUCAUUACGGACGAGAUGCGAGCAACAGUCAUUGACCAUAUCAUUGUCCAUGGCAUGACAAUGGCUGAAGCAGGACUAAGAGUCCGUCCAAACCUGAGUAGGUUCACCGUGGCCACCAUUAUCAGGGCAUUCAGACAACACAACAGAGUUGAAAGAAUGCCACAUAGAGGUGGGAGGGUUGCCAUAUUUACAGCUGCACAAGAAACCCUCAUUGUGGUUAUGGUUCGUGAGAACAACCUCAUCAGACUCCGGGAGAUCAGAGACAAAGUCAUUGACAAUAAUGUCAACUUUGAGAGCAUUGAUGAUGUCAGUUUGGCCACAAUAGACAGAGUUCUCCGGCGCCAAAAGAUGCGGAUGAAACAGGUCUAUAGGGUUCCCUUUGAGCACAACUCUGAGCGACACAAAGACCUACGUUACGAGUAUGUGCAAAGGAUAUUACAGUUGGACGCGAUGGCCAGACCUCAUGAGUACUUCUUCCUGGAUGAGGCUGGCUUCAACCUGCAGAAACGAAGGCAAAGAGGCCGUAACAUCAUUGGCCAAAGAGCCAUCACUGAGGUUCCUGGCCAACGGGGGGGUAAUAUAACUCUUUGUGCGGCCAUGGGUUUGGAGGGGCUUGUCCACCGGGCAUGCUGUCCUUGGGUCUUCCAACACCCAACGUCUCCUCACCUUCCUAGAGGAGCUAAAAGACAUCCUCCUGGACCGCCAACAACACCAUCCUGGGCCCGCACAUCACAUUUAUGUGAUCAUUUGGGACAAUGUACGCUUCCACAGAACAAACCAAAUCAGAGAGUGGUUCACCACCAACAGUAACCACUUUUUGAACAUCUGUCUGCCACCCUUUUUUGAACCCUAUAGAGAAGUUCUUCUCUUCGUGGAGAUGGAAGGUU